GGCAGAAAAUAUCUCGUGUUGGCGCCUAGAAAGAGGCGGUAGUUCUCCGUAGAUCCAAGCAAGAGCUCUACCUAGGUUCGCCGGGGAGUGGACGGCGACGGCGACGGCGACGGCGAUGGAUUCGCUUCUUCUCCGGCCUUUCUCCUCCCCUCCUCGCCUCUCCUUGCCCGCUCCUCGCGCAGGUUGUUGUGUUCCAAGCCAGCACUUUAUCCAAAAAACACGCAACAUCACGGUUAGAUGUAAUGUUGGAGGAGUUAAAUGGGAUCCCAGUGACCAUCAUCUUAGACACAGUGACAGAAAGUUUGUGCCUGGAACUAGUUAUCCAUGUCAUGUUAAUGCCACAUCAGGGCACCCGUUUGGAUCCCAGCCUGAAGCUUAUAAUCCUACAAAUAGUUGGAAAUCAGCAUUGGCUUCGGUAGAUGCUUUCUACAGAUUUUCACGGCCCCACACAGUCAUAGGAACAAUAAUGAGUAUAAUCUCAGUAUCUUUGUUGUGUGUUGAGAGCUCAUCCGAUAUUUCUCCUGUGUUUCUGACUGGAUUAUUGCAGGCAGUUGUUGCUGCACUUUUUAUGAAUAUUUACAUUGUUGGACUAAAUCAAGUCUUUGACAUAGAAAUAGACAAGGUUAAUAAGCCAAAUCUCCCUCUAGCAUCUGGGGAAUAUUCCUUGAGGACUGGAGUUGCAAUUAUUUGGACUUUUGCUGCCAUGAGCUUUGGCGUUGCGUGGAUUGUUGGUUCCUUGCCAUUGUUUUGGGCUCUCUUUGUCAGCUUUAUCCUUGGAACUGCAUAUUCAAUCAACCUGCCUUUUUUAAGAUGGAAGAGAUUUGCUGUUAUUGCAGCACUCUGCAUUCUGGCAGUGCGUGCUGUGGUUGUUCAACUGGCAUUUUUCCUUCACAUGCAGACGUUUGUUUUCGGAAGAUCAGCCAAUCUUUCCAGGCCGCUGAUAUUUGCAACUGCAUUCAUGAGCUUCUUCUCUGUUGUUAUUGCACUGUUCAAGGAUAUACCUGAUAUUGAAGGUGAUCGUAUAUUUGGCAUUCGGUCUUUCAGUGUUCGUCUGGGUCAAAGACGGGUGUUUUGGAUUUGUGUCUAUCUCCUUGAGAUGGCAUACAGUGUUGCCGUGGCCAUUGGAGCCACUUCUUCCUGCCUAUGGAGCAAGUUUAUAACUAUUUUGGGCCAUGCCAUCCUUGCUUCAAUCCUCUGGAAUCGUGCUAGAACUCUUGACCUCAUGAAUAAAGCUGCAAUAACAUCUUUUUACAUGUUUAUUUGGAAGCUGUUUUAUGCGGAGUACUUGCUCAUUCCACUUGUGAGAUGAUUUUGGGGGUAAACUGGAAGAACAACAAGCUGCUUUUAGGUUCUUUGGAGCAGCUUCCAGGGUAUGUGAACUCUGUAUAGAUUAGGAACAACCUUACUGGGCUUUCGAGUGACAUGAUUGUAAUUUCAGAAUUUUGUCUAGUAAGGUACAUUUGUAUAAAAAACACAAUGUAAUUCAAUAAUUCUAUUUCCUUGCAAUUUAAUAAAAAUAUGUUCAUGCGAAGGAUGUGAAUUUCCU